AAUAAGUCCUACGAUAACGGCUCCCGAAAGUCGCUGUUAGACAUCGAUGACGACAAGUAUAGACGCAAAUCGCCGAUGGAGUUCCUGUCCCGAUGGCUCCGAUCGCACUCGACGUUCGCCAACAGACGAAAUAUGCCGACCUUCACAUACCGGCGCUUAAUUAUAGUCGCAAUUCUAGUAUUUAUAGGCAUAUGUACUCUAAUCCACUAUUUCUUGAAGUUUGGCCGCGAGAGCGCCGACAGCGACCCACUACUCGACCCCCGAUUUAAUCCCAACAUUCGCAACGAACAGAUCGAUAGAUAACACAUCCCUUUCCCCCACUAAUAAGCCCUACUAUUAUGUGAUUCAUUCAUAUAAUAUAUAAAUUAUUAUGAAUUUCAUAACAACAAAAAUAAAGUGAUUUAUCGUUUAUUUUCAAAUGAAUUUUUAGUGCAAAGCGAAG